AUGCAAACCUAUGUCGCUGAGUUGGGUGAGAUUGUCCGGGCCCACACGAGGGAUGAAGAAGAAAUUGAUACACUACAGGAUCGUAUUUCUUGGGUAGUUAAAGAGCUCUUGGGACAGCGAACGUGGACAAAACUUUGUCCUUACAUAAGACCUUUUGCCAAGGCAGCAUAUUAUUCUUGUACAACAAUAGCAGGUGUUCAAACUCUUGGCGAGGAGUAUGUUAAGAUAUUUCAAAUGGAUUCGACAUAUCAUGCCGUUUCUUCACUUGGAAAGAGAUUCCUAUUCGUUCUUUUCCAUGUAAUUGCACCUGUACUGUCUCAGCUUGCGCUUCAGAGAGCUCAACGUCUACUAGCACAUCCAUCCACGUCUUCCUUCAUGGGUAUUUCGAUUAGGAGAAAUCAAAAAGCUAGAAAGACCUUUCAGGAACUAUUGGAGUGGACCAGGUCCACUGGUAUCCCUCAGUUACAUCGUCUUCAUCUAGCCUUUUUCUACAUUUUUGGCACGUACUACAGUAUUUCUCGUCGAGUGACGGGUAUUAGAUUCAUGUCACUCAGUCCGCAAACAGAUCUCAAGGCCCUAAAAGUCUAUAAAUUCCUCGGUUAUCUAACAUUGGCGCAUACUGCCUUAUCAUUGAUGUUGUUGAUAAUUUCUUCUACUGCGAAAAGAACUUCUCAAACUGUAGUGGUAACAGAAGCUAAAGAAGAAGGCACGGGUGAAGGACGUACUUCUGGACGUAUCGAUGAUGAGCACGCUGUAAGUGAAGACAUUCGUAGGUUUUCCGAAACUCGACAACACCUUGAAGUGUACUUUUCGGGUAUUCAACCAACAGGUGUGCCACAUCUCGGCAACUAUUUUGGAUUCAUCGAGCCGUGGAUACAACUUCAAAAUUCCCUGCCCUCAACAACGAAGAUGAUUUUGGCAGUUGCAGAUCAGCAUGCGAUAUCAUUAGGUCCAAGGCCAGUUGAAGAGCUACGCGAGAACAUUCGUCGAAUGGUGGCUAGUCUACUUGCGUGUGGAGUGGAUCCGAAACGGACACUACUAUUCCGACAGAGCAGCGUGCCACAAAUCGCCCAGCUGUCGUGGAUUCUCGGAUCUCUGCAGACUGUUGCACAGUUGCAGCGGUUGACGCAGUUCAAAGAAAAAGCUACCAAAUUUUUGCAAGGGAAUGUACCACUUGGUCUGUUCACUUACCCAGUACUUCAAGCUGCUGAUGUUCUGAUGUUCAAGGCAACUCACGUUCCAGUUGGAGCCGAUCAAGCACAACACAUGAAUCUUCUAGCGGAUUUAGCUACUCACUUCAACUCACAUUAUAAAGUUUCCUAUUUUCCACGACCAAAGCAGGUUUCGUCACGUGUGCGAAGUUUACGAAAUCCUCUAAAGAAAAUGAGUAAAUCAGAACCGAGUGCGAAAUCCAGACUAGAGAUUAGUGACUCAGCAGAAGAGAUCGAAGAGAAAUGUCGGAAAGCCGUUAGCGACACCAAUUCGCAACUUUCCUAUGAUCCCCAAGGGAGGCCUGCGAUUAGUAAUUUGGUGGCUGAAAUCCUAUUCGAAAAUGGUAAAUUAGCGAAAUCGAUCGCUGAACAAAAUAUGGACGAAAUUCAUCGAAUUGUUGGUUUUUCAUAA